AUGGACAAUUCAUUACGUCGGUGGUGCCUGGAUGAAGGAUGCCUGCGAGGAUCUCUGGAGCAACUCGCGGUGGAGCCGACUGGACCGUCAAAUCAGUCGAUCCAACAAACAGUUGCAACAAACCCUCCACACCUGGAUGUCCACAGGGUUUUUGUCGACGGAGCGGGCCAUUCCGGCCAUCCUGCUUCGUUGCCUUCGCCGGAAUUGAACCAAAUCCAGGUCCCCCAAAGAUCUGGAUUUGCCCAAUAUUCAGGCCGUUGCAGAACAUGCUACAACUGGCAUCACCUCAACAACUACACAACCAACAUCAACGGUUAUUACUAUUGUAACAACUGUCCUCCCCCGUCUACAAAAUCGGACAAAUCGACGGCGCCGAUUGAUGCCACACGACGGCCAACACCAACAUCAACAUCAUCAAACAACAACUAUCCCCGUGACAAACCAUCCACAACUCAACCAACAAAUGCUGGACGAUUAAAUUUUCUCCAACUUAACCAUAACGGCAGCAAAAACAAACAUGACAAAAUUCAACAAUAUUUAAUAGACCACAACAUUCACAUCGCAACCCUCCAAGAAUCUAAGCUGUCAAAAGUUUCCAAAAUGCCAGUCUUAAUAGAUUACGCGAUUUACCGCAAGGACCGAGGAAAUGGUCGAAGGGGUGGUCUUACUACACUCAUCCACAACAGCAUUCCCUUCAGCAUAAUGUCACUACCUGAUACUCCCGCAAUUGAGAGUUAG